CAAGAUGGCAGCCUCCACGGUGCCAAAACUAGCGCUUCGAGGAUCUCAAGGAUUAUGGUUGGCUAAUGGAUACGCAGACUUUCAGGAAGUUAAAGAGUUUCCAAGGGAGAGCACUCCGACAUGUAAAGGCCUGACAUUCAGUGAAGAUGGCACUCUGCUAGCAUGGACUACAGAACAGAGUUUAAAGAUAGUGAAGUUUCCAUCUUGUCAGCUGUUGUAUGAGAAAGAACAUCCCAGAUUAGCAUGUCUCCAGUUCUCCCCAAAAGGAACCUAUCUUGCGGCAUGGGAACCCUACAGAGUAAAUCGAGAGGCCCAAUCAGGGAUUCCAAACCUUCAUUUCUACAACAUGGAGACAGGAGCCCUGGAGAAAAGUCUCUUCCAGAAAAAACAGGCAGGCUGGGCACCCCAAUGGAGCCAGGAUGAAGGGAUCAUGGGAAGGAGUGUAAAUAAUGAAUUACAGUUUAAUGAAAACAACAACCUGGAUAAAAUCACUCAAAAGCUCCAUGUGCAGAAAGUGACAGAGUUCAGUAUAUCCCCGUGUACAGAGAAAUAUUACGUAGCUGCAUAUGUCCCAGGAUCUAAGGGUCAACCAUCGUUUAUGCGUGUUUAUCAGUACCCAAACUUUGGAGGCCCUGAAAUUGCCCUAGCUAACAAGAGCUUCUUUAAUGCGGACAGAAUCAAUUUCCACUGGAACCCAAAAGGCACCUCGUUCUUACUGCUGACAUCAACCGAGAGCUCAGACUCUUCCUAUUAUGGAGAUCAAAAACUUCACUACCUCAGCACAAAUGGUGAAACUAGCAUGGUUCAUUUGGGUAAAAACGGCCCAGUAUACAGCAUCCAGUGGAGCCCGGAGUCGAAUAACGAGUUCACAGUUGUGUAUGGAUACAUGCCCGCCAAGGCCACCAUUUACAACAGCAAGUGUGAACCUUUAUUUGAUUUCGGCACAGGCCCCCGCAAUGAGAUAUAUUACAACUGCUUUGGCAAUAUUCUGUGUCUCUGUGGAUUCGGAAACCUGCGUGGGAACAUGGAAUUCUGGGAUGCUAAGAAACACCGUCUGAUUUGUCAAAUGCGAGCAGAAGAUACCACGUUCUUCUCCUGGUGCCCCGACGGAGAGCAUGUUGUCACAGCAACCUUGGCUCCAAGGUUACGGGUAGGAAAUGGAUACAAGAUCUGGCACUACACAGGUUGUCUACUACACCAUGAGAAGGUUCCAUCAGAUCAGGCACUGUGGCAGGUUAUGUGGCAGCCAGUCCCAGGUGGAGUCUUCAAACAACAGCCAACCAAAUACAAACCCAUCGAUAGCUCUCUUGUGCCUACAGAAGCAAAGACAGAAGCUUAUCGUGCCCCGAUGUCUAAAGGUAGACCUAGUCAACCUCUCCACACAUACGAGCCUGCGUCUAACGCUAAGCCGGCACAGAAUCCAGAAAACAUGUCCAAGGCAGCACUAAAAAACAAGAAGAAGAGAGAGGCUAGAAAGGCCAAGCAGGAAGAGGAGGCAGGUGCAGAAAGGGCAGAAGUUCCGCCCACAUCUCAAGGCUCCUCCCAGGGGGCAGGAUUUGUCAUACCAUCCACAGGCAACCCAGAGAUUGAUAAGAAAAUUAAAAACCUUGUAAAGAAAUUACAACAAAUUGAAAAGUUAAAGGAGCAGCAAAGGGAAGGAAAAACACUGGAGAAAAAUCAGCUGGACAAACUGAAGACAGAAGAUGCGUUGAUGAAGGAGCUACAAGACCUGACCAUAAAUUCCUAGCAGUUGAGAGAAGAUCCGAGCAGAAAAG